AAAGAAAAAUAAAUAAAUAAAUAAAUAAAAGGAAGCGGAGAUAAUCGGUAAUCGCUGUUUCGUCUCAAAUCGGACUCGAAACUGGUCGUGUAAAUUCAUUCAUUCCCCUUAGAAGAAGAUCGGCCACUGCAUUCCUUCGCUUCCAAUUCCCAAAUCCGUGAUCACGUUCAAUCAGAGCCCACUCCAGUCUCUCUUCUAGAGAGGGAGAGAAGAGAGGUUAUCUUGGGAGCCCCAAAAAUGGCUGAAGAAUUACCUGAAGGAACGGUUCAGAAUCUACUGGAUCAAGAGACUCUUAAAUGGGUUUUUGUUGGUGGCAAAGGCGGUGUCGGAAAAACCACCUGCAGCUCCAUCCUCUCCAUUCUUCUCUCCCGUGUCAGAUCCUCUGUUUUGAUUAUCUCUACCGACCCUGCUCACAAUCUCAGCGAUGCCUUUCAGCAGAGAUUCACCAAGGCACCCACCUUGGUUAAUGGCUUCUCCAAUCUCUAUGCCAUGGAGGUGGAUCCUACUGUGGAAAAUGAAGAAGUCGGCGAGGGGAUGGAUGGCUUAUUUUCUGAGCUAGCUAAUGCUAUUCCUGGAAUUGAUGAGGCAAUGAGCUUUGCAGAGAUGCUCAAAUUAGUACAAACAAUGGAUUAUUCUGUAAUUGUAUUUGACACGGCUCCAACUGGCCACACUCUUCGGCUGUUGCAAUUUCCAUCAACCUUAGAGAAAGGGCUUUCAAAGAUAAUGUCUUUGAAAAGUAAAUUUGGAGGCUUAUUCGGUCAGAUGACCCGGAUGUUUGGAGUUGAUGAUGAGUUUGGCGAGGAUGCAAUUCUGGGAAAAUUGGAAGGCAUGAAAGAUGUUAUUGAACAAGUUAAUAGACAAUUCAAAGAUCCUGAUUUGACUACAUUUGUCUGUGUCUGCAUUCCCGAGUUCCUUUCUCUUUACGAAACAGAGAGAUUAGUUCAAGAGCUCACCAAGUUCGAGAUUGAUACUCAUAAUAUUAUCAUUAACCAAGUACUUUUUGAUGACGAAGAUGUUGAAUCCAAGUUACUGAAAGCAAGAAUGCGGAUGCAACAGAAGUAUCUUGACCAAUUUUACAUGUUGUACGAUGACUUCCACAUCACCAAGUUGCCAUUGCUGCCUCAAGAGGUGACUGGGGUUGAAGCUCUGAAGGACUUCUCAGGUAAUUUUUUGAGCCCAUAUGAACCAACGACCUGCAGAGACUCAGUAGAAGAAUUGGAGAGGAAAAUAUCAACGUUGAAGCAGCAGUUGAACGAUGCUGAAACUGAGCUUGAUAGAAUUAGAAAAGGAAAGCAAAAGGCCUAAGCCCCCCACAGCCUUUCUUUUAACCAACUCCCAACUCUCUCUCUUUUUUUUUUUUUUUUUUUUUCCAUAUGUUUUUCUUUAUUUUUUUAAUUUAUUUUUCGAGAAUUAUAAUCACUAAAGUGGCAUCCCGUGUUGGUUUAUAAGGACAAAUGUUGCUGCAUUAGCCUUUUAUUUAGCCUAUUUACUUUUGGAGUAUUUUUGCUGUAUCCAUUUUCUGGUCAAUAUAGUUGUUCAUUCAUUAUUUCA